GGAGGAGGAGGAGGAGGAGGAGGAGGAGGAGGAGGAGGCACCAGAGGUCACUCUGGCGAAAGGUCACUCUUUCGUCUAGUCGUCUAUGCCAUUCUUCGCCCCCCUAGUCGGAGCCGGUCCACGGCACGAGACGCCGAGGGCGGGUUGCAGCACCAGUGCUCUGCCGUGCCUCGAGGCGGCGCCUCCGACGGAGACGGAUCAAAAACCGCUGACCAGGCCGAGCCUCGGCGGGCACCGGCGGAGCACGCUGCCAUGGUGCCGCAGGGCGCGCCGCCGCGGGCCAUCCGGAAAGGCGAGGGGUCGUGCACAAUGAGGGGGUGCCGGGAUCGCCGCCAGGAGCACGCGAGAGGUGCCAGCAGCAUAGCCGACGAGCUCUGGCAGACUAAACGCGCGGCGGCUCACGCAGCACCACGGCCAGGACCAGGGUGAUCAGCGUGAUGAAGAUGAUGCCCACGUAGAACAAAGCCUCCUCUCCGCCUGCCAGGGCGACGCUGCUUCCGCCAAUGGUGUCCUGGCCCUCAGCAGCGAGCGCCGGCAGCUGGGACACGCUCAGGCUCGCCACCGCACCCGCGGCAGCGGCCGCCGACCGCUGCGCCGGCUGCGGCACGAAGGUGUGGCUGCCCACCCACAGCAGCGCCGUGCACAGAACGACGGCGACGAGGGGGCUGCUGCUGCGCGCCAUUGCGAGCGACAAGGAGGGUCGGAAGCAGCACGGACCGGAUCGAUGUUCGCUGAGGCUUGCCUUGGGCCAGGACAGCU